GAAGACGAGGUGCAGAUGGCCGGAUUCCAGUCCGCAUGUUAGACCGGGGUGCAUCUUCAUCUGCAGCUGCAGCUGAGCCGACUGGAUAUCCAGGAGGGCCGUACGAUACGUCUCUUUUGGUGAAGUACGAGCAUCAUGUUGCUCGACAUAUAUGGUUCGGUGAGGAAAGAGGACCAAAGAAAGAGUUGAAGGUUGCCGGACAUGGACUGAAGUUGACUUCUAGGGUUCCAUUGGCUCUUCCACCACAGAUGGAGAGUUGGGUAUCUAGAUCCGGUUUAGCUUCACUGCAGAGAACCAGUCUGAACAAGAUAGACACAAAUCUUGUCUCUGCAUUUGUGGAAAGAUGGCAUCUAGAGACAUCUUCAUUUCACAUGCCGUUUGGUGAAAUGAGCAUUACUUUAGAUGAUGUCGCAUGUCUACUUCACUUGCCCAUUAGGGGUAUCUUUUGGAGUCCUCGGGAUGUGACUGAAGAGCUAGCUGUUGAACUUGCUGUUGACUACCUAGGAGUGUCACAGGGUCAGGCACAGUCACAUGGGUAUAGGGCUAACUGUAGGGGGUACAAGGUAAAAUUUUCGAGAUUUCGAGAUGACGAUGCGAGGAGUGCUGAAGGCGUUUCUUGGUAUAUUACUGAGAUCCGGAGUUCUGGACCUUGGCCUUGA